UCAUUGAUAUUCAACAUGAUAAAUGUUUUUACUUUACAGGAUCCUCAGGUGGUGACUGGCUCUCAUGACACAACCAUUAAGUUUUGGGAUCUUAGAGGUGGGAAAUCAAUGCUAACCCUUACCUAUCAUAAGAAAUCUGUUCGAGCAAUGGCACAGCAUCCUACAGAGAACAGUUUUGCAUCUGCAUCAGCAGACAACAUAAAGAAAUUCAACCUUCCUCGAGGAGAGUUUCUGCAUAAUAUGCUCUCCCAGCAGAAAACUAUCAUAAAUUCCAUGAAAGUCAAUGAAGACAGUGUGAUGGCAACGGGAGGCAAGCUGAGUCUCGUUUACGCCGUUGAUUUGGAAUCAACAGAAGUGGUUUGACCAACUGGGUUGUGAUAUCAGGGCUCACUGAAUCUUAAGUCUAAUAACUGGAUUAUGCAAUCAAAGUAAAAUGCAAAUAUAAUAUUUUAAACCCUGACCGUACCUUAACCUGUUUCCUUGGGCUCUUUGGUCCAACUGCUGGUCAGAUCCAUUCCAGCUGGAAAUACUUAUGCUAGAAUUAUGAGAAUCCAAGGAAUCAGCACAGUAGUGGCCUUGGGAUCGAGCCUUGACUGCUGAACUUUCAUUUCAUUAAGUAACAGCUAACCUCCUAAUUAAUCUGGGUUUAGAGUAAGG